GGCGGCGAACAUGUGUAUUUUAGUGCAUAGAUGAUUUUUACUAAUUUAUUGCGAUUUUAUUGUCGAUGUGUUUCCGUUGCCGCUGUUGCCGGUAUACAACGCGUUAAUAUUUGCUCGAGAAAAUCAGUAUUCUCGAGUAAAUCAGUAUUACAAUGCCAAGCACUUGCUAUGUAAAAAAUUGCCAAAAUAAUAAUAAAAAAGGGUUUCAUUUGUUCAGAUUUCCUCUGAGUCGAGAAGACCAUUUAAAAAAAUGGAUCGAGGCAAUUGGACAAACAGAUUUAAAGCCAUCUAAAAAUCAUGUAAUUUGCAGCACACAUUUUACAACUGAUGAUUUUAUGGACAGACCUGGUACAAGCAGUAAUAGAUCUUUGCUGCUUUCCUGCUUGCCAAGCACACUAACCUAAUAGCGUUUUCGAUUGGGAAAAAGUUAGUGCGCACCAGUGCGCACUCAGUUCACACCAACACUGGACGAGUUCCAUGGGUUGCACUGAAUAGUGCAAGUUCAAAAAAACACGCCAAGAUUUUCAAUGCUAAAGCUGAAGUGCCAUUUCAAGUUGUGAAAGGACUUGACUAGACUGUAGGAAGAACACAGAAAAAUAACCUCGACAUUUCAUGCUCAUAACUUUAAGUAAUGAUUUUUUACUAUAUGUAUCCAGUGCACUGAAUCUACUGGCACUAUCAAAAUAUCUCGUACUACUUAGUGCGCACUACGCGAGUAUCAUGCGAUCAAAUGUAACACAUGACACUAGCCAAGUGCGCAUUGGCACUGCCAAUCGAACACUCUCUUGACACCUGAGUGCAGCCAAUGGAUGCAUUCAGUACUACACUGCUCACUGAGUUCUUGAUCUAUUUGGUCUAUAUUUUUA